AUGAGUUCCUAUUUUGUCAACUCCACUUUCCCCGUUGCGCUAUCGGGAAUGGGCGGAGGCGGGCAGGCGGCUGAGUCCUUCUUGGGUCAAAUCCCUCUCUAUUCCUCUGGAUACGCCACAGAUCACCCGAUCAGACAGUACCCGGGGGCUGCGGCCGUCACCGCUGCAGCGGCGGCGGCGUUCAGCGCGAGCGGAGGUGGCGUGCAGGAGAAGCCCUACCCGGCUGCUGCCUAUUACCAACAGGCAACCAACGGAGUGUAUGGGGGGCAUCGGGCGGCGGCAGGGGUCGGUGUAGGUGCCGCAAGCGCGUGUGACUAUGCUAAAGCUGCAGCGGCGGCGGCGGCGGCGAGCUUCUACCGGGACAAGGACUACGCUUGCAGCCUGGAGGAGCAUCCAAUCGCGCUGAGCCAAGACGGCAAAACGGACUGCGCGAGUUUGAGUGGCAAGGGGGUCUUCGGUGACACCGUGGAUGACAAGCAGACGGGAUCAGCCCACAUUUACCCGUGGAUGCAGCGAAUGAACGCGUGCAAUGGGGGGUUUGGGAGUCCUGGCAGACGUGGGCGGCAGACUUACACCCGCUACCAGACACUCGAACUGGAGAAGGAGUUCCACUUCAACCGCUAUCUCACGCGCAGGAGGCGGAUCGAGAUCGCACACGCGCUUUGCCUCACUGAGCGCCAGAUUAAAAUCUGGUUCCAGAACCGGAGGAUGAAGUGGAAAAAGGAAAACAAGCUGAUGAACUCGUCUUCAUCCUCUUCUUCAUCCACAGCGAACGGGGUUGAAGAAGAGGAAAAACGGACGGAAUAAGCAUAUGAAGAACAAAAUAGACUCAUAAAAGGGCAAGAAGACAUGAAGACAAAUCCAUUGUCAUUCUCUUUCUUAAAGAUCAUUCAUUCCUCCAACGCCCUUGGUCUGAACUUAAAACUCAUGGAAAGUGACCUGCGUUUAAUUGCAUAGUAUUGUUUUACACGAGAAGAAGCAAAGAAGAGUCAUACGAACCCCAACUCCCUCAUCAUGUUGUUCAAGUCCCUUAAUACACAUCAUUUGUAUCUGUGUGAUCUGAAAGGAGAAAAGGGACGAUGCCUGAGAUGGUACAGAGAAUGUCUAUGGGCGAGAUGGUGCGUUUUGCAUUGUGCGUUUUGAUGGUUUAAAACCAAUUCGUAAAUAAGUCGUCGGCGCAAAUGUGCUGUUUAACAACACAUUUCAUGUUACAUUCCAACAAAAUGUUAUAAGUUAUCCCUUUUUAUCGUCCUCUCUCUCUGCUAGGCACUUGAAUUUUCAUCAUUUUACUGUGAUUAUUUAUACCCAUUAUUUACAUAGACGUGUGGUAAACUUUUACUCAGACCGAUACACAAGAUAAAGUGAAGAGACACCAAAUCUUAUCGGUGUUAUGCGGCACUCACAUUUAAGAUGUACUAUAUAUAUAUAAAACAAGCAGCUUCAGAAUUCCUAUACAUAAUGAGCAUAUAAGCAUCAUUUUAUACUAACACUUCAUGGUUUUACUUUUUUCAAGCAGGGGUGGCAGUGUGGGGGAAUAACAAAUUGUAGUUAUUCCUGAAACUACCUAAAAUAUUUAGGAAUGUGUACAUUUAGAAGUUGUUUAAUUUAUGUUUUUUUACACUGUUUGGUUAUCA